AUGUUGCCGUACCAAGCGGUGGCAAUGGACUACGCUGUGGCGUCUGCUGGUUUCCACCACCAGAGGCCUGGCGGGUUGCCGGGUGUGAUGGGUCUCCCGGGUCCUGGGCCUGGUCUCAACCCGGGCCUGAACACGGCAUUCACGCAUUCCUGGUUCGUACAGACAAGCCCGGAUAUCUGUCGGCAGCAACAAGCAUCCAACCAAUCGCAUCUCGAACCUGGCAUCCUAGAGUUGAGGAAAGAGAAGAGCCGGGACGCGGCAAGAUCACGUCGAGGCAAAGAAAAUUAUGAGUUCUAUGAACUAGCCAAGAUGCUGCCUCUACCCGCCGCCAUCACUAGUCAGCUGGAUAAGGCUUCCAUCAUAAGGCUGACGAUAAGCUACCUCAAGUUACGAGACUUCUCGGGACAUGGGGAUCCGCCGUGGAGUCGCGAUACACCACCCACUAGCAAAGCUUUGAAAGGUGCUCAAAGCAGGCGGACAGCUAUCGGUCUUGCGAUGGAACUGUUCGAGCAGCAUCAAGGCACACACAUUCUUCAGUCUCUCGACGGGUUCGCGCUGUCAGUAGCAGCCGAUGGAAGAUUUCUGUACAUAUCUGAAACUGUUUCAAUAUAUUUAGGACUAUCACAAGUAGAAAUGACGGGCAGUAGCAUAUUUGACUACGUGCAUCAAGCUGAUCACGCAGAGAUUGCGGAACAGCUCGGUCUUUCCUUAGCUGGCCGAGGUGGUGCAGGGUUGAACAGCCCUGCGUCCGGCAGUGAGGAAGGCAGCCAACACGGAACUAAUAACCCAGAUGUAUCAUCACAAAUGAGCCUAGCAGCUAGCGGGGCGUUGUACAAAGGCAUGGAUCGAGCCUUCUGUGUUAGGAUGAAGAGUACUUUAACGAAGAGAGGCUGCCACUUCAAAUCAUCUGGAUACCGGGUGGUACUAAUGCUAUGCCGUCUUCGACCACAGUACACCUUCUCCCAUAGCCGUAAGACCCCACCAUCGUUACUAGGCAUGGUCGCUCUCGCCAUAGCCUUGCCGCCGCCAUCUGUACAUGAAAUAAGAUUGGAAUCUGAUAUGUUCGUAACGAGGAUCAACUUCGACUUCAGAAUAGCGCAUUGCGAGCCCAGCAGGGUGUCGGAGUUACUCGGGUACACUGCUGAGGAGUUAACAGGAAAAAACCUUUACGCUCUAUGCCACGGCGAAGACGCGAAUAAACUUAGAAAGUGUCACGUUGAUUUGAUGAAUAAAGGUCAAGUGCUGACACAUUACUACAGAAUAAUGAACAAGCUCGGCGGGUACACCUGGAUGCAAACGUGUGCCACCGUCGUCUGCUCCUCCAAAAACGCGGAAGAACAGAAUAUAAUAUGUGUUAAUUAUGUUAUUAGUGGCCGUGAAUAUCCUAAUACAGUGAUGGAUUGCUGUCAACUGGAAGAAAGUGUACAAGGUGUGAAACGAGAGGAAACAACAGGAGACCCAGAAAACGGCCCUCCCGACGCUGACACUCCUGGUGCACCUCCCCCUCCAACUCGACACACAGAGAGAAGCGAAGCCCCAACAAAUACCGAGUCGGCCUCAAAUGCACCGCCUACUUCUGACGUGACUCAUCUAACCAGAUUAAAUGACCAGCCUUUACCACUCCAUACAACACAAGAGAGAACUUCGCCAAUGCCAGCCAGAAGACUGAAGAAACGAAAACAUACCACUGAUUGUGAGGAUGAAGCAGAAAGAGAGGAAGAAAGACGAAAGAGCGCUUCGAAUCCUGGUGCAGCAAUCACACCGGAACGAGACAUGACCAAAGCAAUAGCUAUCCCAGAAACUUCUGAUGCUACAUCCGUUAGGGACUUGGAAAACGCUAUGUCGAAACAUUUACCGGCUGUAGCGUUAGACGGUAAAGAAAUUGCUCACCGACCAACUGACUUCUCCACUGACGCUCUCCUAAAGCAACAACAGCAGAAAUCUACUAUACAAUGGAUCGGAACACAAAACCAUCACUUGAAUCAUUUGAAUCGUCAAAUUCCUGGUAACCACACUCCAACCCCUGCUUCGGCUCUACUAAGGCAGCUUUAUGCAAAUCGGGAAAGUGUUAUUCGGAGUAAUUUCUUAGGCGACGGACGAACAGGAGGUUAUUAUUCUAGUGACGGACAAUCAGGGCCAUUACCAACUCCACCUGGCAGUGAAGGUUCUGGUUAUGGAGAACAAUUGGGCCACAAAGGUACAGAUAUAGGUUCGAUAGCAUAUGGAGGAUACGCCGACUAUCAUUCUGCUAUGACUCCACCUGGCUCAGUAUCUCCUAGAGACAAACAGCAAUAUGCUUUGUCCUAUGAUAAUAGCGCUUAUUCUGAGGCUUUACGACAUUCAUAUUUAGGGGAGGCUCCUCUGCCAUUGAAGCCUCAGGCAUAUUCAGCUGUACCCGGAGCUUUAGAUUACGCCUCGUCGUUAGAUCAAACACAAUUCUUCCACCCACCAUCAUCUUUUCAUCUCUAUCACCCACAAGCGCACUCCGCUCAUGCCUCUCACUCGCACCAACCAGUAGAUAAGUCAGCUCCACCAAAUACUAAUUGGUAUUCAACGAGCUCA